UGUUUACGAUCGUGUCUGCGAUUUUGUUCAAUGUGUACCGGCUUCUUUUUUCCAGUUUUAUUUGGAAUUCUUCCGUCAAGUGAUGUGUUAACCUUUUAGUUUUUAUUUCUGAGCUGUAUUAAAAUCACAGCACAAUGACAGAAGACAAACCGGAUAAGGACAAGACCGAGAAAACGGAAGUGGAAUGGGGAAGUGAAAAACUAUGCCAAGCGCAGGCAGCGAUCAAUGAAAAUCCUUGGGAUAUUGAAUCUUGGGGUAUUUUGAUACGAGAAGCCCAAACCAGAUGGAUUCAUGAUGUACGCCCUUUCUUUGAGCAACUUGUCAACACUUUUCCAACAACCGGGCGUUACUGGAAAAUUUACAUUGAACAAGAGAUGAGAGGCAGAAAUUUUGAAAAAGUUGAAAAGCUUUUUCAAAGAUGCCUAAUCAAGGUUUUGAACAUCGAUCUGUGGAAGCUAUAUCUCGAUUAUGUCAAAGGAACAAAAGCAAGUUUAGCAACUUACAAAGAAAAAAUGGCUCAAGCGUAUGAUUUUGCCCUUGAUAAAAUAGGAAUGGAUAUCAACUCCUUUGAUAUUUGGAAUGAUUACGUAAACUUUCUCAAAAGUGUAGAAGCCAUUGGAUCUUAUGCUGAGAACCAAAAAAUUACUGCUUGUAGGAAGGUUUACCAACGAGGAGUUGUGAAUCCGAUGAAUAAAAUUGAAGCAUUGUGGAAGGAUUACAUAGCUUACGAACAAGUCAUCAACCCUAUCAUAGCUGAAAAAAUGAUGAUGGAGCGAAGCAGAGAUUACAUGAACGCACGGCGAGUUGCCAAGGAAUUCGAAGCUAUCACUAAGGGUCUCAAUAGAAAUUUGCCAAGCGUUCCACCAACUGGUCACAUAGAAGAGUUGAAACAGGUAGAACUGUGGAAGAAAUAUAUCGCAUGGGAAAAAUCAAAUCCGUUGCGUUCAGAAGACACUGCCUUAGUUACACGCAGGGUCAUGUUUGCCUUCGAGCAAUGUUUGCUGUGCAUGGGACACCAUCCAGAUGUGUGGUAUGAAGCAGCUCAGUAUUUAGACCAAAGUUCCAAAACACUCUCCGAGAAAGGGGAUGUGAAUGCAUCAAAACUAUUUAGCGAUGAAGCUGCAACAAUUUUUGACCGAGCAACAUCAACUAUUUUAAAGCAUAGUAUGCUCCUCCACUUUGCGUAUGCCGAUUUUGAGGAAGGCAGGAUGAAGUAUGAGAAAGUGCAUGAAAUUUACAAAACGUAUCUGGAACUGCAGGAAAUAGAUCCUACUCUUACUUAUGUGCAGUAUAUGAAAUUUGCUAGAAGAGCAGAAGGAAUUAAGUCAGCCAGAUCGGUGUUUCGGAAAGCAAGGGAGGACCCCCGUUCCAAUUACCAGAUUUUCGUGGCAGCAGCCUUGAUGGAGUAUUAUUGUAGUAAAGAUAAAAAUAUUGCAUUUAGGAUUUUUGAAUUAGGACUGAAAAAGUUCUCUCACACGCCAGAAUACCUGUUGUGUUACAUAGACUACUUAUCACAUUUGAACGAAGAUAACAACACACGAGUGCUCUUUGAACGUGUCCUCUCAUCGGGUAGUCUUGAGUCUGAAAAAUCUGUUGAAAUUUGGAAUAGGUUCUUAGAAUUCGAGUCCAACAUAGGUGAUUUAAGUAGUAUUGUAAAAGUUGAAAAAAGAAGGAGUGCUGUUUUGAGUAAGAUUGCAGAGUUCGAAGGUAAAGAAACCGCCCAGUUGGUUGAUAGGUACAAGUUCCUGAACCUGUUCCCUUGCACCCCUGCAGAGUUAAAAGCAAUAGGCUACAAUGAAGUCACUCAAAAUAUAGCCAAGUCAUUCCAAGCUGCCAAGUCUGGCGGGCCGAUCAUCUCCAGCCUGGACGUGAUGGAUGACGGAGAUGCAGCUCAGAGAAAUCUCCCGAAGCCAGACGUAUCACAAAUGAUUCCAUAUAAGCCUAAACGAAAUGCAUUCAUCGGUGAACAUCCUAUCCCAGGUGGCAGCUUCCCUCCACCUCCUGCCGUUGCUCAACUAAUGGCCACUUUGCCACCCCCUGGUUGUUUUCAUGGACCAUUUGUUGCUGUGGAUCAGCUUCUGGAGAUAUUUGAUAAAAUCCAAAUUCCAGAUAAACCUCCUGUUCCAAAAGGUGACAACGGUUGUGAUACUCGGUUAUUUGACUUCACCAGCUCUAUCCACUGGAUGGAGAACGAUGAUUCAGUCUUAAACAGUGGGAUCAGGAGGAAACGGAAAGCAGGAGGAGGGGAUGAAAGUGAUGAAGAAGAAAACGUCGCUCCACCUGUCUACGACAUUUAUAGAAUAAGACAGCAAAAACGAGUCAAAUGAUCUUUCAUUUAUCGCAGUGACACUGCUUUCAGUUGAUCAAAUCGUAAUAUCUCUGACUUGCUCUGUAGCGAAUGCUGUUGGACACAAAUUUUAAGUCUGAUGUGCCAUUAUAUUUUGUAUUGCGUCUUCUACGUAAUGGUACCAUUGGACAAUAUGGUAAACUCCCAUGUUGGAUACAUGAAGAGUCUCCUACCUAGUUUAGGGGGUUGAAAACCUGAUCUUAAAUUGUUGCUCCUCUGAUGUAAGGCGAAUCUCCUUUUUUACACAAGCUUUGAACAGCAUGGAAUCGUAAAUCAGACUGUUACAUCAGAGGAGCGAUAAAACAUGUCAUUAAAUUCAGUUCGGUAAUCCACCAUAUCCAGAGAAAUAAAUUUGGGUUCUUUGUUAAUAUAUCUGUUUUCCAGAUCAUGAGCCCAUGUAAAUCUAAAUUUUUAGUUGUUUCAGCCAAGUUUCAACAGGCCUAAUAAUUGGAGAAUGUUGGCCUAAUCAGUAAAAGGACCACUAAACAGGGUAUGAAAUUAUGCACCAGAAUACAUAUAAAAUACAAUGGACACAUCAAAAUUUUCCAAA